AUGGGUCGAUGGGGAUGGCACCUGUUUGAAGGCGAUCAGGACCUUGACGCCGUUCUCACCUUGUCCAACAGCCUAGGCGUCAAUACCGAUGAGUGGGAGCACAGUUUGAGUGCGAUGAUUCAUCAAACCGACAUGCUGGCACCAGCGGACGCCGCUGCCCUCUACAGGACCCCUGAAUAUGCCGAUUCGCUGGCCAACGUCACCAUCCCGUACAUCCGCCAGAAACUCGACACUGACAACUUCGGAGAACGGAUGUUCGCUGCCAGUCGUGCCAAGGAAGGGGACCCGGACGACCUCUUCCAAGACUCCAAGUACCAGACUAUCAUCCUAGGUGCUCUCAUGAUGCGUGCUGGUGCCCGCAUCAGCGCAGCGGAUCUGCAACAUCUACGCGAUCUUGUACCCCAGAUCAACUGCACCUCGCGCCGAACUCUUUUCGAGGACCAUGGCUUCAGAACUCCAGGAAAGGUUCAGUUCCAGGCUGCCUUGGAUCACUACCAGCCCGGUGUUGCACGUAGCUUCCAGGAGCCUAGCUGCUUCACGUGUGGAAAGAUCGAGGACGAUAUUGGUCACAAGCCUCUGCAAUGCAAGAAGUGUAAAGUCGCGACGUACUGCAGCAAGGACUGCCAGCGUGACCAGUGGCGCGAACAUCGAGUGAGCUGCGUUCCCCCAGGACAACGCCGGUGGCUGAACGUCUGA